AUGCCGAGGCAAGCAAAGUGGGAUAUUUCUGCUACCAACCUUUCAAAUUUUGGCUCCGAAAUUGAAAAGAAAACCCAUUAUCAGGCCGGGGCUAAAGAGCAAGCAUGGGCUAAUCCUGCCACAAAAGUUCAAGACCACGAGUCACAAUUAUUCCUUUCUUAUUUCCCGCAUUUUCAUGUUGAAGAAGGUGGCGUCUCUACCGGGUUCAAUCAUCACAAACCACACGAAUAUCGUCAUCGUUUGCUCAAAAUCAAAUUAAUUGAGCGCACUGUGGUAAUCCGAGAAGUUCCUAAAGAUUAUACCUCGUUGAAUUCUGGAGAUGUAUUUAUUUUGGAUGUCGGGAAUACGCUUUAUCAAUUAAACGGAAAGGAUUCUCAGGGUGUUGAAAAAGGCAAAGCUGCAGAAUUCGUUCAGGCAGUAAAAAGCGAAAGGAAUGGACUAGCUGAUAUCAUUGUUGUUGGAGACAGGGAAAUGCCAAAAUUCUGGGAGGCACUCGGAAGCAGUGGUCCAAUCAAGUCUGCCUCAAUGGAUACUGGAGCCGAUAUGAUGAAAGUUCAAAAGAAACUAUUUAGGGUCAGUGACUCUUCGGGCAGCCUAAGCUUCAAAGAAGAAUCUGGUCCUAUCGACAAAUCGCGCUUCGAUACCAACGAUGUUUUCAUCUUUGAUGCUGGUCAUACAAUCUUCGUGUGGAUUGGGCUUAAAUCGACUGCUGUCGAAAAGAAAUAUUCUUUGCAAUAUGCACAGGAUUACAUUGAGAAGCACCAUCGUCCAGAUUACACGCCUAUCACCCGUGUCAUGGAAGGUGGGGAAAAUAAUGUGUUUCUAAGAAGUUUUGAAGAACAAACAAUCUAA